UUCGUCAUCAUACCGAAUUUAGGAAAAGGGCACGAAUAUUGCAUUUCUGACCGGCAAAAAAUAUUACACAAUAAGCACACAAAACUACAUUUUGUAUAGUUGGAGACUUCGUGUCAAUAAUUACCUACAAUUUAAUACUUUUGAUUACACUUUCACGUGCCCGUAGCUAUACGAAAACUGGAUAUAUCAUUAGUCGUUUGAAGUGCAAAGAAAUAAGUGCAUAUUGCGGCCUUAGUAUUUUUUAACAAAAUACAUACUCACCAGUUAGAAAGUUAUUAAAAGUUAUUCACAUCUAAAAUGGGUUUACUCAGCGAAGGCAGUCCACUCUCAUGGGAGGAAACCAAAAAAUUAGCCAAUCAUGUGCGUGAACAUGGCAUCACGCAGUUUAUAAAUCUCUAUCACAGGCUAAAGGAUCGCACUGGCGACAUACUCAAGUGGGGUGAUGAGGUUGAAUAUAUAAUCGUCAAGUUUGACGAUGAGAAUCGCGUUGCACGUGUCUCACUGAAAGCGCCAGAGCUGCUAAAUUACCUUAAUGAAAAAGAGUUAGCCGAUCCCAAGGGCGUCAAAUCGUUGUGGCGCCCCGAAUAUGGUGCUUACAUGAUCGAGGGUACACCAGGUAGGCCGUUUGGUGGCCUGAUGGCACACUUCAACCUCGUGGAGGCGAAUAUGCGUUACCGACGUGAAGAGGUCACAGAAAUACUGGACAAAGAUGAGUGUGUCAUGUCCAUAACGAAUUUUCCACGUUUGGGCGCACCAGAAUUCACACAUCCCAUCUACUAUCCAAAUCCGGACGAUCCGAAUAGCUCGGAUAAAUCGCUAUAUUUCCCAGAUGAAGCCAUAUUUCCAGCACAUCCACGCUUCAAAACGGUAACACGUAAUGUACGUAAACGACGUGGCGAGAAAGUCGCCAUCAAAUUAAAAGUUUUCAAAGAUAUAAACACCAAACUACCCGUAGAGGGUGCACCCAAGGGUGAACCCGAUGUCGUUGCACUCGACGCCAUGGGCUUCGGUAUGGGCUGUUGUUGUCUGCAACUUACAUUCCAGGCCUGUAACAUCAAUGAGGCACGCAAAUUGUAUGAUCAAUUGGCGCCAUUGUGCCCCAUUAUGUUAGCACUUACAGCAGCAUCGCCUAUAUAUCGUGGCUAUUUAACCGAAUCCGACUGUCGUUGGAAUGUGAUAAGCUCCUCAGUAGACUGCCGCACCGAGGAGGAGCGUGGUCUACGGCCACUAAGUGAAAAUAAGUUCCGUAUUGCAAAAUCGAGAUAUGAUUCGAUCGAUUCAUAUCUAUCACCAGAGGGUGCCGCAUACAACGACGUACCGCUCACAUACGACGAACAAGAUUACAAGCGUCUACGCGAUGGUGGCAUUGAUCCGCUAUUGGCGCAGCAUGUAGCACACUUGUUCAUACGCGAUACGGUUUCAUUGUUUAGUGAGAAAAUCGAUCAAAAUGACGAAGAGGACACGGAUCACUUUGAGAAUAUACAAUCCACCAAUUGGCAGACAAUGCGCUUCAAGCCGCCACCGCCGAAUUCAUCGAUCGGCUGGCGCGUGGAGUUCCGGCCAUGCGAGGCGCAGAUAAGUGACUUUGAAAAUGCUGCCAUUGUUUGCUUUGUCGUGCUGCUGACACGAGUGAUACUAUCGUAUCAGUUAAAUUUCCUGAUCCCCAUUAGUAAGGUUGAUGAAAACAUGCAAACUGCUCAGAAGCGUGACGCUUGUCGCAAAGAAAAAUUCUGGUUCCGCAAAACUUCUAAAAAGAGUUGCUACAUAAAUGGCAACGGCGUUAAUGGCGUACACAACGGUACUAAGGAGAAUGGCGAAACCAAUCAUGAGGAAUACGAAUUGUUGACAGUUGGCGAAAUUUUCAAUGGCAAGGCUGACACUUUCCCUGGUCUCGUGCCGCUCAUUCGCAGCUAUUUGCAGUCAAUGGAAGUUGAUCCUGACACUCAUUGCACAAUUGAGCAGUAUUUACGCUUUAUAGAGAAGCGUGCUUCUGGUGAGCUGGUCACAACUGCUACUUGGAUGCGCGAGCAAGUGCUAAAUCAUCCAGAUUAUAAACAAGACUCUGUUGUAAGCGAUCGCAUCAACUACGAUUUGCUCAAGCGAAUCAAGGACAUUCAGGAGGGCAAAGUGAUCGAACCCACAUUACUCGGUAAAGGCAAUCAUUCCAAAACGAAAGAUUCGCUGCCGCCCGCACUGCAGAAGCAGUUGGCAAUGAAUGGCUGCUGCGAGAAUAAAUGACCACCCAAUGCGCAGGCGCAAACUAUAAUUGGGCAAUGUGAUCAGCAGUAAAUUUUUUUAUUAAAUGCGUAUAAGUAAAAGAAAUAUGAUGCUAUAGGUUUAUGAUGAUGACGAAACUUUUUUACCCAUCGUCGAUGCUGCAAAUUGAAUGUUUUUUGUUAUACUUAAAAAAAUAUAUACAUA